AUGGUUAAGAUGGAAGAUGGAGAAUGGAGAAUGGAGAAUGGAGAAUGGAGAAUGGAGAAUGGAGAAUGGAGAAUGGAGAAUGGAGAAUGGAGAAUGGAGAAUGGAGAAUGGAGAAUGGAGAAUGGAGAAUGGAGAAUGGAGAAUGGAGAAUGGAGAAUGGAGAAUGGAGAAUGGAGAAUGGAGAAUGGAGAAUGGAGAAUGGAAGAUAGGAAGGGUGCUCUCUUACCAUCGCCAUCUCAUCUCACAUCAUUGUGA